AUGGCCGAUCCUCCCUUCUCGAAACCUGUGGUGGAAAAUGUCGCCGUCACCGCAGAGCCUGAAGCGAUCGUUCGGCGAGAGGAAGCCAUGAUGGCAGCCCGCCGGAGGAUGCAGGAAGAAAUUGAUGCACAGGCAGCAAUUUUCAGGGAAAAGCAGAGAGAGCGCGAAGAGGAGAAGAGAAGGCAAAAGAUAGCCAAGUGGGAAAGCAUGAAAGAAGGCAAAAGUUACAAGGUGACUCUCGGACAGAACCUGGCGGAAGAACCUGACCCCAGACCUUCGACAUCAGCUGCUGCCCCGAAACCAAAAUCAGAGAAGAAACCUUUACGAAGUGGUGGUUACAACCCCCUCUCGGGAGAAGGUGGCGGGUCCUGUGCAUGGCGACCGGGACGCAGAGGCCCUUCUUCAGGUGGAUGACGCUAACUUGGCUGGUGGUUCCCAUCUACGCCAGCCAGGAUUGACUGUGUACCCCUUCAGUUGUUGCUGUCUGCAGGUUGCUUGGUGAGAGGUUCGGUAGAGAGGGCCACCGCAGUUCCGUAGCAGCCUCAAAUGCGUGUGGAACAAAAGCUUUUAACGCGGUUGACCAUGACCCAAAGUGCAUGAAAGAAAUGGUGCAUCGUGAGCAGGAAGCAUUUUCAGGCUACUACCAGUUCAUUUUUUACGUCUCUUGGCAAUAGCUGAGCAGUUUAGUUGAGCCAGUGGCCUUACCUUAUUUUGCUGCUGGUUUAAGCCUUCCCACAGAUUCCCCUUCUGCACACCGUGGCUGUCUUGAGGGUCGACAUGCGGCUGAGGUUGUCUGCAGGGGGAAAGGGAAGGGGUUUUUCUUUUCCUGUUGUUGCUCCAGCCUUUGCACAUUACAGAUACGAAAGCCGAAGUAUGCACUCCUUUUGGUGCUCUGAGAGUUAAGAGGUCAGAGAAAGUGCCAUAGCCAGCUGUCAAGCCAACACGGUUUGCUUCGAGGCGUGGGACAUGGUGCGCCUCGUGAAUGCCGCUUGUCCAGCACUCCAGAGCCCUUUUGGGCUCCCUUAAAGUUCUCUGCUGGUGCAAAGAAACUCUUAAAAUUUAAUUUUAAUUUCUUUAGAAUUAAAUGAGUGCUUCUAAAUCCAGUUUCCAGGACUUGCUUUUCAGGGAGACUGAAAUCCUCAAGAGGGCUACCUGUUGCACCUGUAUUAGUCAAGCAGAAACCUCCAAAGGAAGUUUAGAAAACUAGUUAAGGGCCAAAAAGCUGAAAACACCAAAAUUUUUAAACUUCUGGCCCUUAACUAGUUUUCUGAACUUCCUUUGGAGGUUUUUGCUUGGUUGGUGUAGUUUUUCUUCCCCUCUUUGUGGGGGCACCUGUCUUAGUCUGCAUAUAGCUCUGCCAUGCUUUCAUGCACUUUCAGGUUACGUUGAAUGGUUCUUGGGUGCGGCUGCAAUGGGUGCGAACGAGGUCCGCUAGCUCCGCGUCGCAAGCAGCACGGAAUGACGUCGUCCUUACAAAUGGCCAGCGUGCCACUGGGGACCACUGAAGCUAAGUCAGCCAGGAGGGGGGAAGCAGUUCUUGCCACGUCACCUUUUUAAUGUUAUCUGCUUUGUAUGAAGGAAAAUAAUAUGAUAUUUGCGGUAUAGAUGUUUCUAUGGCAUUUUUUUCCCUAUGGAGAAACAUGUAUUUGAGCUUGAUAAAUGUGUCGGAUGCAAGCUG